GCAAGCUGGAGUUCCAUUGGCUUGGGCUGGAGCUCGCAAGGCCAGACGUCUCAGGGACCGGUCGAGUGUCCCAAAAAAAAUCAGAAGCGAGGCCAAAGUUUCGCGCGUCGACGAGUGCAAAAGAGAGCGUUUUGUGACCAGGCGAGAAGAACGGGCUGGCGAAUAGCGGGUUUCUCUUCUCUUUCCGGGUGUUUUUCUCUUCUUUUGCUCCCUCUAAUACUACUGUUUUUUUCACUUCUAUUUGGCUCGAUUGGAACGCAAUCUGUGCAAAUUGCUGCUCUGGUCUCACAAAAGCUUAUUUCGCUUGACGCAUACAGGCUGGUCGGAAAACGGACAGACAGCUGCCGCCUUCUUCACUUCUCACUUCCUUUCUUCUCACUUCUCAUUGUUGCACCUAAACCCCACUACGCAAAUUAUGCUCGAACAGCAAGGCAAGGUACGGAACCAAGCAUAAACCAGUGUGUAUUGGCAUGUAACAAUGCUGGGAGUCCUGCUGCUAACCUUGGUAAUACUGGUAGGCCGCAAAAUGGGAGUUGCCGGGCCAAGGUCAAUCGUGCACGCAAUGCACCGCCGCUGGCUGGUCUUGGAGGGCGGUUCAGCGUCGCCCAGGUUGACGAGGUUCCGUCUCUGCGAGUCGCAAGAAGACCCCAAUCGUCGCGCCACAGCACUGGCGGCAAGCACGAGUUCCGGAUGCUGCCUCAAAUACUAGGUAGGUUUUACUUGCAUGCUAGGACCGCUACCACUAUUGCAACCACCAGCUUGUGUGGGUUUAAGGCUUCUCUGAACCCCAUGAGCCUUGUCAUGGGCAAAGGUGCAUGUGCUAUUCGGGUGUCCUGUUUCAUUUUUCUGCACCUGAGUUUGUCUGCUGCUUCUUUCUUCGCCCCCAUUCCGAAGGGGCUAGGAUUGUCCAAACCUGUGUCAGCAUGUCGCUUGGCCCUCGCUAAGCCAACAGCUCCACCAGCUCCACCAGCUCCACCAGCUCCCAGGGACUGCUCGUUACGCGGGCGUGGCCGGUACACCAGGCUUUUCUGCUGCUGGCCUCCUCCCUGUGCAAUUCUUUGCCGUUGUUUAGUGAGCGCAGUAAACGAACGUGCAGUAAUUUCGUCGAGGGGGAAGGGAAAGAGGAGCAAGCGGGAUGUGGCCAAGUAACCCUUGGUGCGCUUACUUUCGCACCUUGUUAUUCUGUUUUCCUGCUCCCAUUGAUGACCUGGCAUGCGGCCUGGGAUGCAGACGACUUCCUCUUUCUCCUUUCUGCU